AUGGCUACAACCCCACAGCCUGGAACCUCCCAGUUUCCUGUCAGCGCAGCUGCAGUCAGCCCUGCUGCUAUAGGAGCUACAGCUGCUCCUACUGCAGUGAUGAGGGUGCUAGGACGGGCACGCCUUAGCGUGGAGGACGCAGAGAGAGUCCUCCGCAUCAUGAAUAAUAGCUCCCAGCGAUUGGGAGCUAUAUCCAAAAAGCAAUUCUGGCUAGACGUCACAGCGUGGCGCAAUCUGCAAGACAGGGAGAAAGCUUGGAGGCUGGACCAUCCUCCUGGCGACGACGAGCUCCAUAGUGGGGAGCUAGAACAAGACGACACAGAGUAUGACGCCCAAAUGAGGGCGUGGAUACUUUGCGUCGACGAAGAAUCAGCGCAGAAAGCAGCCCGCAAAGAGCGGGCUGCAGAGGCUGGAGAAGAGAGCAGUCAGGCUAGCAAGGACCGACUGUCUCUUAUGUCAAGCUGGGCAGACAAGAGAGCCUUGGCCCUCUCCAGCCUUGCAUCCAGCAACGAGGAGGAGGAGGAGGAUGAACAGGAGGAGGAGGAGGAACAGGAGGAAGUGAAUAUAGAGGGGGAACCCUUCAAAACUCCUUCCACCCCAAUUUCCUCCUCCUCUUCAACACGCUCCUGCAGACCUCCCAGCUCCCGAAAGCGCAGGCUAUAUUCUUCUGAUGAGGGUUCAAAAAGGGCAAAAAAAGACACUCUUGAAUCAAGCAUUGCAUUGCUUGCAGUGUCAAUGGCAAAUCGACGAAGCGCCCGAGGCGCAGCAGAGGAAAGGCAGCUAGCGCUUGAGGUGCGGAUAGAGGCCAUUGAGGCUGGGCAGAAGGCGAUUCUUGCUGCUGUAUUAAGUAGCUCAACCUAUAGAGGCCAUAGGUUAGCUGAGUUUGAGGAGGAGGAAGAGGACUUACCUGUAUAUAAUAAUGUAAAUAACGUACAUGUAUAG